UCGGUAGACACGUACAAACUGCAUCGCGGUAAGAUUGUUUAUAUUGUUGUUGCCUACCGCGUUCGUCUCUGAUAACGCUUCGGACGUAUUUUUGAGUGCCGCACACCGGUUGUUGAGUUUUGAGAAGUUAAACUUUGAAUGUGAAACUAUCUUGCACAGAAAACGUCUCACACAGAAUAAUUAUUUUGACGAGAUAAAAAUAUCGACUGCAUUUUCUGUUUUUUACCAAUUGAAAUACUGACAUCCGACUUACUACGUUUUCCAACUUUGAAAAAUGCUUUUCUAUUCAUUCUUCAAAUCCCUCGUUGGCAAGGAUGUUGUUGUUGAAUUAAAAAAUGAUCUCAGUAUUUGUGGAACAUUACAUUCAGUUGAUCAGUAUUUGAAUAUCAAACUUGUCGACAUUAGUGUAACUGACCCAGAAAAGUAUCCACACAUGGCUUCGGUUAGAAACUGUUUCAUUAGAGGUUCAGUUGUUCGCUAUGUUCAAUUGCCAGCUGAUGAAGUUGAUACGCAAUUACUACAAGAUGCUGCCCGUAAAGAAGCAACUGUUGCUCGCUAAUAACUGUACAUUUAAUUACAUUAAGCAAUUAUCAUUUUAAUUAUUAAUAUUA